UCCAAGCCCUAAUUCUAGCGCACUGCUUGGGCAGGGCGCGUGGACUGGAGCCCCGCUGUUCUUCCCGAGAGAAUCAUCCUCGCUGGAUCUGGCGCUGCUGCACUGUUCUCCUUGCAGCUAAAGAGUAAGCUGCUGCAGAGAUUUCGUCCUCCUCGUCGCCCUCGGGAUCUAGGCCUGGAAUGAGGUGAGAGAAUCGAUGAAGGCGUGCAAUGGCGAUGGCGAUGAAGAGAAGCGAUCGCGCGGCCCAGAGUUUGAGCCGGGGCCGAUCCCUCCCUUGACGCCCGUGGACAAAUACGGCUUCCUGAAGUCGGAGAGCGCCGCCGAUGGAUCCAACCCGGCGCGCGCAGCGGAUCGCGACAGAGAGGAUCGAAGGCUCACAAAAUGGAGAAAGAUGAUAGGCACAGGUGGUGCCGACUGGAGGCACUACGUAAGAAGGAAGCCCAAUGUGGUAAAGCGGCGCAUCAGGAAAGGUAUACCAGAUCGGUUGCGAGGACUUGUCUGGCAGUUGAUUUCCGGGAGCCGGGACUUGCUGCUCAUGAACCAAGGUGUUUAUGAGCAACUUGUUCUGUACGAGACUUCGUCCUCGGAGCUGGACAUUAUACGGGACAUAUCUCGUACUUUUCCGUCGCAUGUUUUCUUCCAGCAGCGGCACGGGCCUGGCCAGCGCUCGCUGUACAAUGUCUUGAAGGCUUACUCCGUUUACGACAGAGAUGUUGGCUAUGUCCAGGGAAUGGGUUUUUUAGCAGGCUUGCUGCUUUUGUACAUGUGUGAGGAGGAUGCGUUUUGGUUGCUUGUGGCGCUGUUGAAGGGCGCAGUUCAUGCGCCAAUGGAAGGCCUUUACUUGGCUGGUUUGCCUUUGGUGCAACAGUAUCUGUUUCAAUUGGAACGGCUUGUCCGAGAGUAUAUCCCGAAACUUGGUGCUCAUUUCGAAGAGGAAAUGAUAAACCCAAGCAUGUACGCCAGCCAGUGGUUUAUCACUGUUUUUUCUUAUUCCUUUCCGUUCCCGCUAGCUCUUCGGAUAUGGGACGUUUUUCUGUACGAGGGAGUGAAGAUUGUGUUUCGAGUAGGACUAGCGCUUCUGAAAUACUGUCAAGAUGAUCUGGUCAAGCUUCCCUUCGAGAAGCUUGUCCAUGCUCUCAGAAAUUUCCCGGAGGAUGUUCUCCAACCCAAUCUUCUGCUACCGAUGGCUUACUCGAUCAAGGUUUCGAAGAGGCUGGAGGAGCUAAGGCAGGAAUACGAACGCAUGACUAAUUUUUCUAAACCAGUGGAAGGCGCGAUUGUCAAGAGAAGUUUCAGACGUUGAGAGCUUGAAACAGUGGAAAGUUUCAAGCCCCACUUCCUUUUC